GUUCGAAUUUCAAAAAUGGCGGCAAACGUGAAACGCAGCCCGCGGCUGUCGGCUGUGCGGAGGACGCGGGGGUCCGGCGGUGCGGUGCAGGAUGGCAGUGCGGAAUAUCCCGCCGGAGCGGACAAUGGCCGGAGAGUCACGCGGUCAGGGGGAGCUGUCCCUGCCAGGCCCCCGCGGGCCGAAGGGAGCUCCCACAAGAAGAAGCCCAGGAACUCCCUGCCCCGAGCGGGGGAAACCGAGACAAGCGGCCGGGGCCAGGCAACAGCAGGCCCAGCAACCGAGCCUAGCCGUGACAGGGGGGCCAGGAGCCCAGCAGCACCCGGGGCCCCCAGUGAGAGGGAAACCAGCCCCCCAGGUGAGAGGGAAGCACGGACCCCCAGUGAAGAGAGGGCUCCUGUAAUAUUGGGGCCCACCUUUGAUAAAAGAGCCACAAACCCUGCAGCACCCAGGACCCCCUGUGAAAGCAAGACCUCUGGUGAGAUCACAGUUGGACUCUUCCCUGAUAAAAGAAACAGUGUCCUUGUAGCCACAGGAGCUUUGGACAUGGCAGCACCCACCAGUGGAAGCAGAGACCAAACCUGUAUAUCAACGGGGCCCUCUGAUUGUGAAGCCAGGGCUUCUGUAGCAUCUGGAUUAUAUGAGGAAAGCGGAGUCAGCGCCCCUGUACCAACUGGACCCUAUAGUGAGAGCGGCGACAGAAACCCUGUAGAAGCAGGUACCUCUGGUGUUGGCGGAGGCAAGGUCCCUGUGGCAGCGGGUACCUCCCUUGAAGAACAAGUUAAGGAUUACAGAGUUCGCUGCUUUAAUAAACAAAUUGUUCAGGAUGUGUUGGAAAUGUGCACAGAGUUCAGCAAAGAGGUUGUGGAGAGCCAGCAGUACCUUGGCCAAGAGAGGAGAGAGCAGGAGCUAAAGAACUGUGUUUGGGUAAGAAGGUUAAAUUGGUACUGCCACUUCUAUAAAUCUUAAGCAAUUUCAAAUUCCUUUUUUUAAAAAAAUUCUUUAUUUUUAUUGUGCGUUGAGAGAAAUACAUGCAAGCUCGUGGCAUCCCAACAGCAUUCUUUGAGCAUAUUUGCAAGCAUAACAGUAGGAGCAGUAAAAUAAUCAGCACAUUUUUGUAUAACUGUAGUAUAACAUUAAUAUUCGGUACCUUUUGCAUGGUUGAGGACCCAGUAUCUGCCCGCGUUUACGGCCACAGUUAGCUAUAUAUUAAAUGACAUCCGUGUGGCUAGGCUACCUAGAUCUGCCUCAGGUUUGGGAGCAUCAAAACAAUCCUGCAUCGCCUAUAUGCCAUGCUGUACAAUAGAGGGCUUGUGUGGGCCCACUCGGCUAAUGCCCUUUUUCGGCCAGCUAUUGAUCCUGGGUAAACUAGUGGCAUGGUGGUGGCUGAGACAGUGAGUCCAGCAUUUCUGAGGGCCGGGCUCAUACAUUUGUGUUCAGACUUAGGGUGCUAUUCCUGCUAGGCUUAUGAAACACAAUCUUAUACAUUGCAAGAUAUUAGCUAAUAGAGUACAUCACAUGUCUGAGUUACUGCAUUAUUUACUUUGAUGUAGAUUACAUUACCCAAACCUAAGCAGACACAGAGUGGGUAAUGUAAUCUACAUCAAAGUAAAUAGUAUGCUAUUAUUGCUGUACCAGCCUAAAAAAAAAGUCACCCCUAUAUUAAAAAUUAGUAUUUCAUAAAGAUAUACCGUAUAUACUCGAGUAUAAGCCGAGGCCCCUAAUUUUACCACAAAAAAACUGGGAAAACUUAUUGACUCAAGUAUAAGCCUAGGGUGGGAAAUGCAGCAGCUACUGGUAAAUUUCUAAAUAAAAUUAGAUCCCAAUAAAAUUACAUUAAUUGAAUAUUUAUUUACAGUGUGUGUAUAGAAUGAAUGCAGAGUGUGUGUUUGUGUGUGUGGCAGGCUGCUAAUCGCAGGUUAAUCCUGCUGAGAGAGGUUAUGGGCACUUAUGCAAGUUGAAGCGAUGCAAGAAAAGGAAAGUGCUCAAGAAAUCAUAUAACAUGGCUAAGCUGGUACAUAUAAAAUUAAACAACAGUAUGAACUAUGUACACGCUGAGUGUGGAUAUCUGAGCCUUUUUCUGCUGGCCGUUACAAUGUCCCGUGAAGAGGUUAACCCCUUAAGGACACAACUUCUGGAAUAAAAAGGAAUCAUGACGGAAUAUAUCCGUCAUGUGUCCUUAAGGGGUUAAUUGUAUAGAGGUGGCCCCAGCUCCACAUGUCACUUGGGUUGAUCCCUUUCAGCCUAUGCCCACAGGGUUUACCGGACUGUCCAGCAUGGUGGUGACUCGCCAGGCAGUGGCUCUCUCGUUUGGUGGGGUGAUGCCUUGCCCCGGACGGCCUGGGGAGCAGCUCAGAGGUGGCCAUGGUGGUUUCUCCAUGUAGCCCAGGACAGGUGGUGGUAUGUUGGGGUUUGGUACUACACGGCAGCGGUGAGCAGGGCGUCUGUCCGAGGCUCGCUGUCUCAGCCGGUAGUGUUGUUUCCGCGGCUUCUGUCGCUUUAGCGUAGUGUGGGGUAGCUGUCGGCCCAUAAGAGGCCUCCCAGGCCGCUCCUUAUUGCUUACACGGUCUUCCUUAUCGGGCUCCCGUAUGGUCGUUGCUUGCCUUGCACGGUUGCGCAGCAUAGCCCAAAACUUGUCGUUAUGGCUCCCAGAGUGCCCGUUACAUUGAUCUUAGGGCCUGCUGAGACAGGUUGUGGCAGUAUCAGACCUCGUGUUGUAGGGCCUGGUGCCUCCGCCAUCGUGAGUGACUCCCUUCCCGUGUGACUAGGGAGUUUUGCAGGGCUCACAGAAGCGUCCGCGACUGAGGCAGCUUGGGUCCUCGGGGACCGGGAUAACCCCCACCGGUCCGGGGGGGGGGGGAGGUAGGUGAUUUGGGAGUGCUCCCUUGUCAGCCAGAGAACCGGGAGAGCAGCCGUCUCUCCUCGGCUCCCACCCGCACAGGCCGCAGGUCACGAUUUGGUCCGCCCAGCACCGGAGAGCCAAGUGUCGGGUAUAUCCGGUUGUAGUGCAGUCUCCUUGUCACGAUUAUUGCGUUUAGCAGCCGAUGUGAUUGGGUGGUCGGGCGUUAGACCCAGAAUCUUGGCUUCGGGCUCAGGAGCUCUCGACAUGCAUGUCUAGUCCGCUUGUUAGUCAGGCUCCGCCCCCCUCAGUUUCAAAUUCUGUGACGCAGGUAAACAUUAUUGAAGGAUUAUGGUGAGUACCACGUCCAGAAUAAAAGAAAACUUCAAGCACCAUAAAACACUACAGCCCUCUGUAGUGACUAUAGUGCGUUAAUACUGUUUUAGAACUAUUUGAUAACUUACCUGGGAGCACAUGACUUGGGCAGUUCUGUACAAAAACUUUUGUCAGCACACACAAAUGACAGCUUGUGACAGAUAUAAUCACCUUCAAUUGCAGGCAGCACACCUGCAAUGUGAAGCCCUAUCUCCCCCUUCACUUUACAUGAAAAUGAGCCCUUCCUCCAUUCUUCUUCACGUUAUAUUACAUUUAGCCCCAUUCUGUCCCACUUUACUUGCAUGUAUUCAUUGAGCCCUCUUUCUGUGCCUCCUUCCUUUCUGUGUAACCCUCCACACAGUUAACUGGACCACGCACUAAUGACAGGGACGUUGGAUUCAAGGUAUGUUAUCUAUUUUCAGCUCGGUGGACCAAGUUACAAAUGUCCACUAGGGCAUUAUAGAAAAAGUAAAGGUUUGAGAAACUUUUUAACAUCAUUGUCCCAUGCAAAUAUCGGUGCGCUAAUGCUACUCCUGCAUCUGUCAGUGCCAUGUGCAAUCAUGGCACCAUAAACGUUUUAUGGCAUGGUAUGCUAUUAUUGCUGUACCAGCCUAAAAAAAAAGUCACCCCUAUAUUAAAAAUUAGUAUUUCAUAAAGAUAUACCGUAUAUACUCGAGUAUAAGCCGACCCGAAUAUAAGCCGAGGCCCCUAAUUUUACCACACAAAACUGGGAAAACUUAUUGACUCAAGUAUAAGCCUAGGGUGGGAAAUGCAGCAGCUACUGGUAAAUUUCUAAAUAAAAUUAGAUCCCAAUAAAAUUACAUUAAUUUAAUAUUUAUUUACAGUGUGUGUGUAUAUAUAAUGCAGAGUGUGUGUGUGUGUGUAUAUAUAAUGCAGAGUGUGUGUGUGUGUAUAUAUAAUGCAGAGUGUGUGUGUGUGUAUAUAUAAUGCAGUGUGUGUGUGUGUAUAUAUAAUGCAGAGUGUGUGUGUGUAUAUAUAAUGCAGAGUGUGUGUGUGUGUGUAUAUAUAAUGCAGAGUGUGUGUAUAUAUAAUGCAGAGGUGUGUGUAUAUAUAAUGCAGAGUGUGUGUGUGUGUGUGUAUAUAUAAUGCAGAGUGUGUGUGUGUGUGUGUGUGUGUGUAUAUAUAAUGCAGAGUGUGUGUGUGUGUGUAUAUAUAUAAUGCAGAGUGUGUGUGUGUGUGUAUAUAUAUAAUGUGUGUGUGUAUAUAUAAUGCAGUGUGUGUAUAUAUAAUGCAGUGUGUGUGUGUAUAUAUAAUGCAGAGUGUGUGUGUAUAUAUAAUGCAGAGUGUGUGUGUAUAUAUAAUGCAGAGUGUGUGUGUAUAUAUAAUGCAGAUGUGUGUGUAUAUAUAAUGCAGAGUGUGUGUGUAUAUAUAAUGUAGUGUAUAUAUAAUGCAGAGUGUGUGUGUGUGUGUGUAUAAUGAAUGCAGAGUGUGUGUGUGUGUGUGUGUGUGUGUAUAAUGAAUGCAGUGUGUGUGUGUGUGUAUAAUGAAUGCAGUGUGUGUGUGUAUAAUGAAUGCAGUGUGUGUGUAUAAUGAAGUGUGUGUGUAUAAUGAAUGCAGUGUGUGUGUGUGUGUAUAAUGAAUGCAGUGUGUGUAUAAUGAAUGCAGUGUGUGUGUGUGUGUGUGUAUAAUGUGUGUGUGUGUGUGUAUAAUGAAUGCAGUGUGUGUGUGUAUAAUGAAUGCAGUGUGUGUGUGUGUGUGUAUAAUGAAUGCAGUGUGUGUAAACUGGGUGAGGGGAGGGCAUUUUUAUUUUAAUUUUUUUAUUUUAUUAUUAUUUUAAUAUUUGCAUUAUUUAAAAAAAAAAAAAAAUUGUCCCCUCCUCCCUGGCCAGGCAACAAGCAAAAAAACAUUUAAAAAAAAUAAAUAAUGCAAAUAUUAAAAUAAUAAUAUAAUAAAAUAAUCUUAACACCUUAAGGACGGAGCCAAAUAUACACGUUGUGAACCAAAAAAAUGUAAACAAAACCUGGCAUUUGCGCUACAUGUCUGUCCAACCGUAAUUCACCUCUUUCAUAGUAAAUGCACCCACCCUUAUUAUAUAUCAUUUUAUUCAGGGAAAACAGGGCUUUCAUUUACCCCCCUUAAGGACUGGACUGUUUUUGCGAUGUUGUACAUUUGCGACCAGUCAUAUUUUUACACUUUUGUGGUGUUUGUCUGUAAUUUUCCGCUUUCUCAUUUACUGUUCCCAUACAAAUUAUAUAUUGUUUUUUUCAGGACAAAAGGGGCUUUCUUUACAUACCAUUAUUUAUAUAAUCUCAUGUAUUUUAAUUUAAAACAAAUAAAAAAAAUAUGAUGAAAAAUUUAAAAAAAUACAUGUUUUUUGACUUUUACUUGAAAAAUCUUUUACUCAUCUACAAAAGCGAAUGAAAAAAACUGCUAAAUAGAUUCCAAAUUUUGUCCUGAGUUUAAAAAUACCUAGUGUUUACGUGCUUUUUUGCUUUUUUUUGCAUGUUAUAGGGCUAUAGGUACAAGUAGGAUAUUGCGGUUUCAAAACAUAAAUUUUUAAAAUUUAUCAAUAGUGACAUUGUAACACUAUUAUCUGUCAUAAAUCUCUGAAUAACACCCCACAUGUACAUAUUUUUUUUAAAGUAGACAACCCAGGGUAUUCAAUAUGGGGUAUGUCCAGUCUUUUUUAGUAGCCACUUAGUCGAAAACACUGGCCAAAGUAAGCAUUCAUAUUUGUUUGUGUGUGAAAAAAGUAAAAAAACUAAAUUGAACGCUAAUUUUGGCCAGUGUUUGUGACCAAGUGGUUACUAAAAAAGACUGGACAUACCCCAUUUGCAAUACCUUGGGUUGUCUUCUUUUGCAAAUGGUAUGCCAUCAUGGGGGUAAUUCUCAUUCCUGGGCUACCAUACGCUCUCAAAGGCAACGUAACCAACCUGGCCAUUUUCAAUGUAAAAAUAUUUGACCCAUAUAUUUGACCUUGUAACUUUCAAAAAUGCUAUAAAACCUGUACAUGGGGGGUACUGUUUUACUCGGGAGACAUCGCUGAACACAAAUAUUAGUGUUUAAAAACUGGAAAACGUAUCACAACAAUUAUAUCAUCAGUAAAAGUGCUGUUUGUGUGUGAAAAAUGCAAAAAAGGUAACUUUCACUGACAAUAUCAUCGCUGUGAUAUGUUUUACUGUUUUGAAUCACUGAUAUUUGUGUUCUGCGAAGUCUCCCGAGUAAAACAGUACCCCCCAUGUACAGGUUUUAGGGUGUUGUAGAACGUUACAGGGUAAAAUACAAUGCUAGCAAAUUAAAUUCUCUGGAAUUUCGGCCUGGGUUGGCAGGCAGGUCCCUCAAAUUACAAUCAAUAAAAUUACUGAAUUAUGUAAACAUAUUACAUAAAUACGCACUUAGAAUUUAAAUAUAUAUGCAUAUUUAUAUAGUUUAAGUCUACGUGUAUAUUUAUAUAAUUAUGUAAUUUUGUAUAUGGACAUAUGUAUAUUUCGUAUUAUUUUUAUUUAUUUAUAUAUACAUAGAUAUAUAUACAAAUUCAUUCUAAGUGUAUUUUGAUAUAAAUAUAUAUAUUAAUUUUAAAAUACAGUUAGAAUAAAAUUUCAUAUAGAUAUAUAAUUUUUUUUAAAUUUUUAUUUAAAAAAAAUUAUUUAAUUUAAAUUACUUAUUAUUUAUAUUUUAUAAUAUAUAUACAAUAUAUAUAGUUAUUAUAUAUAUAUAUAUAUAUAUAUAUAUAUAUAUAUAUAUAUAUAUAUAUAUAUAUAUAGAAUUUUUAUAUAUAUAUAUUAUAUACGUGUGUAAUUUAAUUAUAAGUGUAUUUUUAUAUUAAUAUACAAAUACACUUAGUAUGGCAUUAUAUAUAUGAUAUAUAGACAUAUAUUAUAUAGAUAUGUCUAUAUAUCAUAUAUACACAUAUAUAAUUAUUUUUUUUUAAUUUUUUAUUAACACUAACUUUAUUUUAUUUUUUGAUUUUACAGUUGCAGGGAGACUGCCUGUCAGCACAAACAGUCCCCCUGCAGGCAGACACAUGGACACCUAUUGUGACCAUGUGAUCGCUCUGUUGAGCGAUCACAUGGCCACAGGGGUCCUAAUUCAGUGUGGGGAGACUGUCUGGGCUGCAGGCAGUCUCCCCACAACCGGAGCCACGCUGAUCGCCGCCGGGGGAACGACGGCGAUCAGGUAAGUAACGGAGACCGUUAGGACGGUUCAGGACCGUCAUCGGUCGGCAAGCCAAAAAUGCCGAUGACGGUCCUGAACCGUCCUCGGUCGGGAAGGGGUUAAUAUCAAAUAUUUAGCUAUGAAACAUAAAUUAAUAUGAAAAAAAUGGGAGAAAAUACGAUUUUUUAUUUUUAUUUUUUUAGUUCUACAUGACAUUUUAACGGUCAGUGUCAUAAUACUGUUUGCUUUUACUGCAAUAAAAUACACAUAUUUGUAUUCAGCAAAGUCUCACGUGUAAAACAGUACCCCCUAUGUACAGGUUUUAUGGCGUUUUGGGAAGUUACAGGGUCAAAUAUAGCACGUUACAUUUGAAAUUGAAAUUCGCCAGAUUGGUUACGUUGCCUUUGGGACUUUAUAGUAGCCCAGGAAUUAAAUUUACACCCAUAAUGGCAUACCAUUUGCAAUAGUAGACAACCCAAGGUAUUGCAAAUGGGGUAUGUCCAGUCUUUUUUAGUAGCCAUUUGGUCACAAACACUGGCCAAAGUUAGCGUUAGUAUUUGUGUGUGAAAAAUGCAAAAAACGCCAAUUUUGGCCAGUGUUUGUGACUAAGUGGAUACUAAAUAAGACUGGACAUUCCCCGUUUGCAAUACUUUAGGUUGUCUACUAUUGCAAAUGGUAUGCCAUCAUAGGGGUCAUUUUCAUUCUUGUGCUACCAUAGGGUCUCAAAGGCAACGUACCCAAUCUGGCAAAUUUUAAUGUGAAAAAAAAUGAAACACAAGCCUUAUAUUUGAUGCUGUAACUUUUGAAAACACCAUAAAACCUGUACAUGAGGGGUACUGUUGUACUCGGGAGACUUCGCUAAACACAAAUAUUUGUGCUUCAAAACAGUAAAAAGUAUCGCAGCAAUAAUAUCGUCCGUGUAAGUGCUGUUUGUGCGUGAAAAAUGCAAAAAAGUGACCUUUACUGGCGAUAUCAUCGUUGUAAUACAUUUUACUGUUUUGAAACACUAAUAUUUGUGUUCAGCGAAGUCCCCCCGAGUAGAACAGUACCCCCCAUGUACAGGUUUUAUGGUGUCUUGGAAAGUUAUAGGGUUUAAAUAUAGUGCUAGCAAAGUAAAUUACCUUUACUUUCGGCAUGGGUUGUCAGGCAGGUCCCGCUAAUUGUAAUUAAUUAAGAUACCCAAUUAUGUAAAAAUAUUACAUAAAUAUAUAUGUAGAAUUUGUGUGUGUAUAUGUAUAUAUAAUUUUUUAAAAUAUAUUUUUAUUUAUAUAUAGUGAUAUAUACGUAUAUAUUUAUGUAUAUAGAUAUAUAUUUCUUUCUACGUGUAUUUUGAUAUAAAUAUAUAUAAUUAUCACAAUACAGUUAGAACGAAAUAACACACAUCUAUAUAUUUUGUAAUUAUUUUUUAAUUUUUUUAACGUAUUUACAUAUUUAAAUUUUUUUAUAAUAUAUAAAUAUAUAUAUAAAUACUAGUAAAUUACACCUAUACAGUGUGUGUGUGUGUAUAUUACACAUACAUAUAUACACACAUACACACACACACACACACACACACGUACACUGUAUAGGUGUAAUUUACUAGUAUUUUCUCCCAUUGACAGGAGCUGCAGGAAGGUAAGUAACAGCUCGCUGUCAGCCCCCAACUAAUAUAAUAUAAUAUUUUUUUAUUUUUAUUUUGCCAGCAGGGGGACCACCUGUCAUUACAGGCAGCCCCCCUGCUGGCAAUGCUGCAGCCAGCUAUCCCGGCCAUGUGAUUGUGAGGUCCUCGCAAGGACCUCACUCUCAUAUGGCCGGGGGGCUUCGAGGGGGUCGGACGUGCCGCGGGAGUCCCCCCAACCGCGAUCGCCGGCGUGGUAAGUAAUGAAAGACCGGAGGGCGUACUAUUACGCCCGGCGGCGUUUAGAGCCGCCUAAAAUAGGGCGUAAUAGUACGCCCUCCGGUCUUAAGGGGUUAAAAUAAAAUAAUAUUAAAAUAAUAUUGAAUCCCUGGUGGUCCAAUGGAUGGGCUGUGCAGUGGGGGGGCUGACAGUGUGAGUCUCGUGACACCCGCGGAUCUCGUGAGAUUUACACUGUAAGCAGAACGGAGCUGACCGGGGAGCUGCACGGAGGAGAAGGGAGCUGACAGGAGCUGCAGGAAGGUAAGUAACAGCUCGCUGUCAGCCCCCAACAGGACCGCCGGGCUUGUAAUGAGCCCGGCGGUCCUGGUCUGUAUUAUGGCAAUGUAAGUUCCCAUAAUACAGACAUUGACUCGAGUAUAAGCCAAGUGGGGGUUUUUCAGCACAAAAAAUGUGCAGAAAAACUCUGCUUAUACUCGAGUAUAUACGGUAGUCUUUAUGAAAUACUUAUAAUUGUGUUGGAAUUUCACUGAAGUAGGUGAAAGUAGGGACUACUCUGCCUGACACUUCCUAACUCAAGACUGAGCCUAUGUGUCGAGACCUGCAGCCAUCAUCCAUGUCGGCUACAGGGAAUUUGUUGUCUAUGGAGGGUCUCGUGGGAUGGCAUGCACGAGCGUACAGCAGUGAUGUCAACAGCGCCAGAAGUUCAAGAGGAGCAGUACAAAUAAAAUGACGGCGCCCAUGAGAGACAGGUUCAGAUAAGUAAUCUCACCUGUACCUGCUCCCUGAGGCCAAAGGACUGCCAGCAAUGAUAUCCCUGCCGGGGUACUUUGCAAAUUAGGCAAAGUCCCCAGAUGGGUGGGAAAGUAGCCUACAACUAAUUUGUGUAAAAAAUAAAUAAAUAAAUAAAAUUGGGCUGUGGAGUUUUGUCGUAAGCAAGAUGUAAAUAUGCAAAAGACCGUCAAGUGCUCCUCGUUCAAUAAUUCACCAUUGUACCAGGUAAUGUUUCAACUGUCUCUUAAGACAAGGAAUGCUGGUCAGUCUCUUGUAUAUUUGGAUAUUUCUGGCCAGAUUGGUGGGCCUGUGGUAUAUGCACCCUUGUAGCUCUAUUCAUAGUUGUCAGGGAAGGCAAUGUGAGUGCUGUGGUUGGCUCUCACUGUGAUUACUCACGAAGUACAUUGUUGGAGUAGAUGGCAAAACAAAGGUUAGUUUUAGAGAUUGAAUCAAAAAUAUAUACCGGUUAGUAUAAUAUAUAGUAUCUGCUCUGCCAACUCAGGGUGACAUUAUGGCUCCACCAUGAAGUCUUCCGUAUUGGUUAUAGUGAUAAUUUAAUACUUAUUACUUCCCUAUUAACAAACCAAGGGACACCAUAGUGUCCCUUUUUAUGUGCAUCUUUAGAUGAAAAUGGGCAGUAUGUUCAGACACACUCGUUCUGAAUUUUUAAAAAUGUAAAAUGUAUUUUGAUCAUGUUAUCUUGUAUUCCUUUUCUUUUAGGAUUUCCAAACAUUGUUUCAGGAGAAUGUUAGCAUUAAUGGACAGUCGUGGCACGAGGCUGCAGAAACUCAGAAUGGCAAGUAGUGUGUUCAUGUUGGCUAUAAUUGUCAGGAACAUAACAUGCACUAGUGUACUUUCCUACGUGAAUGACGCAGUGCACAUUAUUGGUUGAGCAUUAUGGGUGAUGUAGUUCACAAACAUGUGGUGUAACGACAGUAUUAACUGCCAUGUAGUAUUCACUCCUGGAUUAGAAUAGAUUUAAAUUGUCAUUUUAUUAAUGAUCCUAAUUUCUGCUUACACAGAACCUGACCUUAAAAUCUUAGAAGAUAAACUGGAUGACUUAAUUGUAGACACUACAAGAAAGAGGAAAAAACAUCCUAGAAAAAUUCUUGCUCAUGUAAUCAAAGUAUUAAAGACUGAAAGAGAGAUAUUGGUAAGUAUUUUGACUGUUAAACUUUAAAAUUAACUUUAGCUAAAUUCUCUCCCCAAACCAAAUAGAUUCAGAUAUUGAAUGUCUGUCUGAAGCCCCUAGUGACAGUGUGAAGAUAUUGCAGAAGUAGAAAUUUUGCUCUCUUGCGUCUACUGAUGUGUGUACGAACAAAGCAAAAAUAAUUUGGUAGCUUUCAGUUAGCUGCUCACGAGCCUUUUUCUGAGUUACUUGUAUUAUACACAAAGGGCACUGCUCAUGUUUAUAAUACCCAUAGAGGGGGGGGGGACGGACUUAUUUUUUCUGUAAAUUAUAUGUUUAAAUGUGUUUGGUCUUUAUUUACACUUCACUUCUUAUUAAAUUUCUUUUGCAUUUUAUUUAACUUUUUUCUAUUUAAGGGGCAAUACAAACCUGUUGUAACUCCAGAAGAGUUUAAACUUGAUUCAAGGCUUGGUAAGUGAAACCUGCACUAUAUAUAGUUAUUAAUAUCUGACCAUAUUUAAAGGUGUAGAUUUGAAUUAGUUUCUUGAAUUUGUAUUUUUUUUUUUUUUCUUUCUUUGCACUGUGCUAUAAAUUUUAACGCCUUAUAGUUAAAUGCACUUUGUGUGGUAUAAGGUCUAUUUUAAAUUUUGAUUUAUGGAAGAAAAUGCACAGCGAUAUAAAAACCUGUGUGUGUGUGUGUGUGUGUGUGUGUGUGUAUAUAGUACGCACCUAUUGUACAGUUAUCUACUUUCUGUUGUACAUCUACAACUCUUGGAGAGCUUCAAUGGACUGCCUAAUGACAUGUACUAUGGUCCUUGGAUACUGUAUGUUAGGAGGGAGAGUCAUGAGUCUUGUCAUGUGCGUUUAUUUUAUUUUUUUUAUGUUCGUGUGCUUUCAUAAAUUAAUUAUUUUGCAUUUAAUGUGUAUUAUCUUGAUUUUGUUUUUAAUUUUUUUUAAAUUACCCUCUGGAAAGUUUUACAUUUGUAUAGAUUUAUUGUUUGUGAAUGAACCAUUUUCUUAAAGGGGGGAGGAAGAGGGGGAGUGCUUUCUCUGUGGAGAUUGAAUGUUUGUUGUCUGCUUUUUAAUCUCAAUGAUUUAUUUCAGUGUCGCGCAUGGGAGAACUUACAGCAAACACGUCCACUGUGUCUAAGCAGAUUAGUGACACAAUGAAGGUAAAAUACCAUUAAAUCAAUGUGUGUACUGUACAUUAUGUUUUGAUUAGGUUACUAGAAAGCUAUUCCUAGAAACAUUUAUUUUGGCUCCCAUGCAUUUAUCUUCUUUUAAAAUUUCGGGUGCAUCCAUGCACAACCCUCUUUGUGCUAACAUCGUAUGGUCAACUCUAGCUUCCCCUUUUAGUCGAUAAGUACAUAGAUGAUAAGAAAAACGUAGCGCCAUUCCGAUCAGUCUUUGACUUGCAGGUGUUUAGCUGGUAGCAGUUCAUUCCAGACAAGGAGCAGUGCUUUGCACGCAUGCACUCACGCACUCCCAACACCGCUACUGCAAGUAAUGUGCGCUGACUUACACUGUAUGAGCAAGAAGUGCGCUUCCUGAAAAAAAAAAAUUAUAUAUAUAUAUAUAUAAUGUUUGUGGGUUUUUUUGUUUUUGUUUUUUUUUACUUUACUACGUUAUGUUCAGUAUCUCUUUUCUAAAAUGUUUUUUCUCUCUCUCCUCUCUAGGCCCUUCCAGCUCAAAUUGAGAAGGCAGAAGGCUUUUCAGAGGUGCUUAGUAUACAGCCUUCUUUGGUGAGCUCUCGAAUGCGCAAAGAAAUCUUCAACUGCCAAGUCAAACUGGACGAUCUGGCAAGGAGCCCUGCAAAGCCUGUAAAAAGCUAUCCCACUGAAUCUCCGUCCCAGUCAAAAACCACACCUGUCUUAAAAAGAAAAAGGCCACUUUCCCCUCAACAAAAGCUGUAUCCAAUGCGAUCCAAAAGGAAAAUUAAUCUCGACUCUUGAGAACCUACAUGUGUGAAACUGUUACAGUAAUGUUUGCCUGGCAUGUUUUAAUACCAGCAUGUUCCGUCUUAACCCUGUGUAAUUUAUCUACAAAGUCAUUCAGCACUUAUUCUUUGUAAGCGUUUCACAAAAGUGCAAGGAGAUGGUGAACGUGCAAUAAUUCACUUAAGUGAAUGUCUAUAAUCAGAAAAUAAAAAAAUCUUCAGGUUUGUGGUGACAAUGGGGUAAUGCUGACAUUUAUAAACUAUCCGAAUUCUGACAGGUUAGCAUGUGUAAUGUUGGAGGAAGCCUUUUGUUGAUUUAGUUACAACUGUUAACCCAAUCACUGAGUUUAUAUUUCGGUCUUUGUAUUAUCAAUUAUAUGUGUAUUGUGUGUAUUGGUCUAUGAUGAUCUUGAAUUGUGAACUCUAAUUUGAUGGCCUGUACAGUGUUUUAAAACCAUUUAGGUUGGGUUAGAAGGCUGUUAUCCAAGGUAACCUUGUUAUUGCUGGAAAGUCCGGCUUGAGGAAAGAGAAAGGUACUUGUUGCCUAAGCUGCCAAAUAGUUUGGAAAAUAAAUAUGCUUGGGUAAAAUCAAGCAAACUUGUAGAACAAGAAUUGUUUUAUAUAUGUUGCUGAUGGCUUUUAUUGCGUGAACCACAAAAUAAUCUGGCCAGUGUCGUUCUGUUAAUCUUCUGCCAAAUUUGCAAGCAAAGCAAAUUUACAUAUCGGCCUUGUGUUUAUUAUAUGCUUUGUUAAUCUGUCAAUUUCAAAAUACACAUUUUAUUUUUGUGCAUGCAGAGUAUGACUAGUUGUGAUUGGAAUGCCCCUUGGUUUAAGCUAUGUUUGAAUUAAUUCAAAUCCAUCAAAAUCCAAAUCUAUCAAAACACCCAAUUAUCUGUCAAACUACCAAGAUUAAGUAUUAAAUGUUAUGUGCUUUUACGAAUACAGCAGUGUAUAGCGCCUAAACAUAUUGAGGGUGUUAAAACCUGCUACACAUGUCCUGCCAUCUAAUAUUGUUGCGCCCUCAACUCCCAACACAUUUCCCCUUUUUGUUUGUGUUUAAAUUGUGCAAUACGGAGCCUGCAUUUACUCUUUAAUAGAAUGUUCUCAUCUGAAAUCAUUGCAAAUAUUUCCAAAGCCAUAAUUUCUAGUAGCCAGCUUCUUGCACUAUAAAUUCUGGUUGCUUCUUCCCCUGAAAACAUGUGGUUGUGUGAAUGGGUAAUUAUAUUGACAAUUUUUCCUGUGCUUCUGUUAAUGGAUGCUUAAAAACAAAACUCAUCGGCACCUGGAGACCUCAUUUCUAAAACUGUAUAUUCUGUAAAUUGUAAAUAUUUAUACUAUUGUCAUCUGUAUAUUUUUAAAUAGUUUUG